CAUUUUCGAACUCCGUAGGGAGUUCUCUGGCCCCCAUCCGGCUUUCUUGAGGGUGACCCGACGCGUGCCACACUGCAGCAACACGAAGGAAGUAAUGCUUUUGCGAGAAAACAGAGACCUAAACGCCAAUAUCAUCAGAUAUUUAGCAAGCUUGAAGACUAAAAUAACAAUCCUGAAAACUGCAUUCUCGAUUAUAUCAGAACCUUUCUGGAUCCCUAACACCGAGGUGGAGAAUCUCGAGAUGCUCGCUCUGGGGUCUCUUUUUUGUCGUUUUGAGCAUGAUUUCUCCGAAAACAUGGGACUGCUAGGGUGUGGGGGGCUUUUCCAGUAUUUAUGGAGCAAGAAGUGACCGCCUCCCCGUGUAUGGGCUUAGUUACAUAACCUUUCUCGGCUGCUGGCAGUAAUUUUUCUUAGGGAGGUUCGGAUUCGAGACCGUGUCAGUUUUGACCCUGCCUCCGCUGCCUUCCAGAGCCAAUACCGAAACGUUUUCAAUCCUUUCAUGGAUGAUUUUGUCGGGUCACAAUUUGAAGAACAAGACGCUCAAAGUGAAUUGAAGAUGGUUUCCAACGGAUUCAGCGGUGCUACUUCUACAGCGACAGAUGACUGGACUAUUGAUCCGGAACUAUUCGCGUUCACACCAAGGAGGCUCCGGGUUGUCUGCAUUGGUGCUGGCUUUGCCGGUCUGACUUUGGCCUAUAAACUGAAACAUGAACGACCAUUGGAUUUUGUGGACUUUACCAUUUACGAGAGGAAUUCAGAGGUCGGAGGCACUUGGUUGAAGAAUGUAUAUCCUGGUGUUGGAUGCUAUGUAUUCCCCUUUGAGCCAAAUCCAACGUGGUCGAAGUUCUAUGUUAGCGGGGCAGAGAUCCAGCAGUAUAUACUUAACACCACGGAGAAGUAUGGACUAAAAGACAAAAUAAUAUUCGACAGACACCUCGUGGAGUCUAUUUGGGAUGAAGAACAAGGAAAGUGGGAGCUCAGAUUGGAGUCCAAGGAGGGUGUCAUUCAAGAUAAGGCCGACAUCCUGAUUAACGCAGGCGGCAUUCUCCACCAGUGGAAGUGGCCUGAACUCGAAGGGCUCGAGUCCUUUAAAGGCAAGCUCAUUCACAGCGCUCGAUGGGAUUCAGCGUACGAUUGGACUGGAAAGAAGGUUGCCGUCAUUGGUAAUGGGUCGUCGGGCAUUCAAAUAGUGCCAGCAGUGCAACCAAAGGCUGCAAAGCUGGUUAACUAUAUACGACAUGCGACUUGGAUUGCAGCGAAUAUUUGCGGUCAUUUGACUAAGGAUGGAAGCAACUUUGAAUUUACAGAAGAAGAAAAGCAGCGAUUCCUGGAAAAUCCAGAGGAAUUCUCUCAAUACCGAAAAAGAAUCGAAUCAGAGGUCAAUAGCGUGUUUAGGAUGAUGAUUUCCGGAUCUAAGGAGAAUAAAUUCAUGUUCGACCUGUGUGAUAAAUUAAUGAGAGAUCGACUGGCAAAGAACCCCGAAUUGAUAGAGAAGCUCAUUCCGAACUACGAGAUUGGAUGCCGUCGAAUCAGUCCUGGUGAUGGGUACUUGGAAGCCCUGCAGGCUGAGAAUGCUAAGUGCUGUUUCGGUGAUAUCAAGCGCAUUACAGAGAAAGGCAUUGAGACGGAUGAAGGCGAGGAAGAAUUUGACCUGAUAGUGUGCGCGACUGGAUUCAACACAAGGUUUAUUCCCUCGUGGAAGCUUGUUGGUCGCGAUGGUCGACGUCUGGAUAUUGCUUGGAAAGAUAAGCCAGAAGCAUAUCUUUCCGUUUGUGCCCCAGGGAUUCCUAAUUAUUUUAUGUUUGCGGGACCCAACUUUCCCGUGGGCCAUGGCUCUAUACCUCCAGCCUUCGGAUGGAGUGCCGAUUACAUGCUGGAUUGGACGACGAAGAUAGCGACCGAGGAUAUCAAGUCCAUUGUGGUGAAAGAUUCUGUUGUGCGUGACUACAAUCGCUAUGCCCAAGAGAACCUUAAGCGAAUGGUCUGGUCCAAGGGCUGCCAUGCCUGGUACAAGAGCGCGAAAGGAGACAACAGAGUAGUCACUGCCAUGUAUCCAGGUAGUGUGAUGCAUUAUAAAUCUGCACUCGAAAUCAUACGUGGGGAGCAUUUCGAUAUCGGAUACAACACGUCCAACCAAUUCCGAUUCAUGGGCAACGGCCAACUGGCUUGGGAGAUGGAAGAGGGAGCGGAUUUUGCACCAUAUGUGAAGUAGUCCUGGAUAGGCUUCAAAUUUCGAAGAGAACGGAAAUGGGAAUACAUCCGAAAGUUCAGUACCAGAAUAAGAG